CGACAAGUCAGUCAACUUCUGUUCUCAGUCCCAGCAGCUGAAUAAUACAUCAACGAGAAUCGAAAAGUGCACUGCCAGCCAGCCACAAUCGCAUUAAACAAUGGCUACCUCAACAGAAAACACUGCUCCAGCAGCCAGCCAACCAACCACACCUCCAAUUGAUAUCAUCUACCACAACAUGCACGCUGGCUCGGAUUUCAUAACAUUUCGAGCUUCCAGCAACCACAGCCUCAAAUCCAAUAUUGCUACCGUGGCGAAGCACGUGGCGGACGACUGUUACACGGUCAUCAGCAUGAACGUCAGCACCUACUCGGUCGUGGUUGUAUUUUCGACCCCUUUGUCGAAGGCAGAGUUGAGGGAGAAAGGGUUUCCUUUCCCAAUUCCUGAGGGCGGAGAGCCGACUGGUGUUGGAAAUUGACUGGGCUGAACUUCUCGUACUGUUGCCUUGAAGGGGAAGACUGCGUGCCCUUGCGGAGGUGUUGGUUGAUGUUGGUUAAGGUAGACCCAAUAGCACACUGAUGUUUACCUUAUGCCUAC